AUGGACGCCGGCGACACAAGCUUCGGGGCUGCCACCGCGGUAAGCUCGCUCACGUCGUCGAAACUCAACUCCCCGAUGAUCAUGUCGAGGGCCUCGUCCUCGUCCGCGUUGACAUCCGCCAUCUCUAUCCCUGGACAGACCAUGAAUUUGCACGUGGUGAACAGCAACGGAUCGGAGCAGAACCAGCUGAACUUGCUGCCUUCGAAGGGCGACACGGGCAGCGAGGCUCUGAAGCUGGCCAUCAUCUGCGUGGGGCUUCCAGCCACUGGCAAGUCGUACAUUACUAAGAAGCUACAGCGAUAUCUCAACUGGAUGCAAUACAGCACAAAAAUCUUCAACGUGGGCAACACGCGGCGCCAGAAAAACGCCAAGCCCAGCGGGUAUCCCGUCCAGGGGCCGACGCUCGACAAGACCAGCCACGACGCCAAUUUCUUCGACCACUCCAACAAGGACUCCUUCCACCAGAGAGAACAGUGGGCCCGCGAGACGCUCGACGACCUGAUCCAUUUCCUGCUGGUUGACCAGGGCAACGUGGGCAUUUUCGACGCUACAAACACAACCAAGGCCCGCAGAUCGUGGAUUAUCGAAACGAUCACCAAACGCACCGAGGGCGCCGUGAAAAUUCUGUUUUUAGAGAGCAUCUGCACGGACCAGGAGCUGAUCGAGAAGAACAUCCGUCUGAAGCUGAGCGGACCAGAUUACAAGGACAUGGACAGAGACCUGGCGCUCAACGACUUUCGCAAUAGACUCAAGAACUAUCAGGCCGUCUACGAAACCAUCGACGAGGAGGAAGAGCUGGAAAACGAGAAGUACGACAUCCAGUACGUCAAGAUCAUGAACGCCGGAAAGAAGGUUGUUUCGUACAACAUCAGCGGAUAUCUUUCGUCGCAGUGCGUUUUUUUCCUUUUGAACUUCAACCUGUCUGACCGGCAGAUCUGGCUGACGGCCAACGGCGAAUCCGAGUUUAAUGCAGCCAAUAGAAAGGGCGGCGAUUCCAACCUAACCAAAAAAGGCGAACAGUUUGCUAGAGCAUUGCCAAAGUUCAUUUGUAAAAAGAGACAGGAAUUCAAGCUUCGUCACCUUAAUAAAGAGUAUGUCAACGACGAGUUUUCAUUCCACACAAAACCGCAGCUGGAGCAGGAAUUCAAUAUCUGGACGUCCAAUCUCAAGCGCACUUUGCAAACAGCGUCGUACUUCCCACAGGAAAAGGACGGAGGCGAUUUCCAUUUCAAGUCGUUCCGGAUGCUGAACGACCUGGGUUGCGGAUCGAUGGACUCCAUCACCGAGGAGGAGUUCAGAGCCAAAUAUGUGGAUGAGUACAGGUCGCAAAUGGCGGAGAAACUCACCUAUAGAUAUCCUGGGCUUGGAGGAGAGUCAUACCUGGACGUGAUUUCCAGGCUACGGCCGAUGAUCGUGGAGCUGGAGCGUUUGCGCGACAACGUUCUGAUCAUUUCGCACAGAGUGAUUACGAGGGUAUUGCUUUGCUACUUCAUGAAUCUGAACAAAGAAAUGCUGACCGAGCUGGACGUCCAGCACGGCUAUGUUUACUGCAUAGAGCCCAAGCCGUAUGGGCUGGAUCUCAAGAUCUGGCAGUACGACGAGAUGACCGACGCUUUCUACGAAGUGGACGAGAUUGAGCUGAUGAAGAAGAAGCGGAAACGGGUUUCCAUCUCCAUCGGCAGCAAUUUCAGACCGAUCUUCAAGAAGACUGUCUCGCCAGACUCGUCAAUUAGCUCGUCUGAGUACUCCAGCUCUUCGGAAGAGGAAGAGGAUCGCGUCAGCCGCAGAAGGCCGAACGUCGAGCCCGAGUCCUACGAGUUCUCCAGAAUGCACUCUGAUACGGCAUCGGAGGACCUUGAUACGGUCAUAAUGGACGAGCGGUCUCCCCAAAACCAGGAUAUAGAGCACCAGGUCGACGAGAUUCUCAAGAACGAAAAAUUGGUCGGGCUUCUUCGGGAGAAGCUGCAGACCCUCGCUUUAUAG